UAAUGAUCAUUGUAAUACUCUUAUUGACCACAGUUUUUGCAUUUCCUAAAUACAAGCAAAACUUGUUUGUGACCAAACCUGAUUCCCUUAAAAAAUUAGCAUAUUAAUUGUCAAUGGCUUCUGAUUUAUAGGUUGACGUGGAUCAAGAUCAAGUAUGGAAAUUUAAUCUAAUAAGGUUUGUACUUGGUUAAAAGAAUAUACUUUAACAACAGCUUAAGAUGCAUAUUAUGCAAAGCUUGCCUCAUCAUUUUUGGAAGAAUGUCAGGUAGACUAUAACAUUGACUUACCUAUGAUUGAUUAAGAUGAUUUUGAAUCAAUUUACUAUAAUUCACUUCUUAAUGGGUAAUGUCCAAAAUUAGAAUAUUUCAUCACAGCAGGAGGUGCAGCCAAGCCAUAACUAAAAAAAUAAGAUGAUUCUUAUAAAACAGCAGCUUAAGUAUAUCAUCUUGCCACUAUUUGCAAUGAUAACAAAGUUCAUGAGGCAAUUUAAGAAGCUAUCUUUAACUUCUAAGAAUUAUAUGAUGGAGUCUCAGGAGUAUUGGAUAGAGAUAAUUCAGCAGCAGUAACUGCAUCAUUAUUGUACUCUUUUUUUACUUUCAGCAUUACCAAUCUCCAUCCCCAACUAUAAGAAAUCCUCUAAAAUUAGAUAUAUCAAUAAACAAUUAUCAAUUUUCUAUUUUAAAGAACUACAGUCUUAGGAUCUAUUGAUGAAUAAUAUUGGAUUACUAAAUUAUUUUAAUUAACUCAAGUUAAUUCAAUAAUCUAUCCAAUUUUUUAAGAUUAUUACUUGGUGAAUAAGGGAAAAGCUUUAAUUAAUAUAAAGUUUGUAAAUUUCAAAGGUGAAAAGGUUUAACCAACAGAAGUCAAAGCUUUCAUUAAUAAUGAAAAUUACACUUAUACACCAAUAAAGUCAAAAGAAUUUAGUGGUUAUUUUGAAGUUUCAUAAGUUGGCUCACUUCCUUUUGAAUUACAUUUCCCUAAUUAUGUUGUAAGAUUUAUUAUUAAAGAUUUAAGUUUAAAUACACAGUUAAAAUAUUACAUGAGAUUGAGAUUGAGGAAGUUAUGUUUGAUGUUGUUGAUUCCAAGACUUCAAAACCAAAUUUCCAUCAUAGUGUUGAAAAUGGAGAAGAAUAUCCUGCAAUUCUAAAUGCAAAUGAAAAAAGUUUCCUUCAUGUCAUUAUUAAAGUAAUUAACUAAUUUAAGUAGACUAAAAAAUAAGUUAAAUCAUAAGUUGCCAUUAGAUUAGUUCAUCCUAAACAUCCAUCUGCUACUACAUAAGUUUUUGCAGAGUAUGAUACAAAAAGAAAGAUUUAUUAUGGUAUUAUUGAUUUUGGAGAUCCUGAUCAUGUUACACCACUUAAUGCAAUCUAUUAAGUUGAAUUACUUUUAGCUGAUUCAAAUGUUCUACCUAAGAGAUGGAGUUUCCUUAAAAUAGAUACUAAAUUUUAAGCUUAAACUACCUUCUAAAAUGAUAACUAUUAUAAAUUGCCUUAGGAAAUUGUUCAUUAAUUCAAUUAAGAAUAACCUGAAGUUCCAUUCCUUGUAAGUUUAUUAUUAUAUUCUAGUUUGUUUCAUUCUUUGUUGUAAUUAUUGUUAUUGCAUUUGUAUUUUUCCUCAGAAUCCUCUCAAAUUUAAACUUAAGCUUUGACAAAUUGCCUAAAGACAAUUCAACCAUUGUUUAUUUGUUUCUUGCUUUAAUCAUUGGAUUAUUUGUUGUUUUAACACUAUUUUGGAUUAAAUUAAAUUUGAUUGAGACAGUAACAGUAUUAGGAAUCUUAAGUGUACCAUUAGUAGUUGUUGGAAACUAUGCACUUUUAGCAUUAAGAAAAUCAGAAAAAUUAGAUUGAU